GAGUGUUUAGGGAAAACAGAGUGCAGAGAGAGAGAGGGGGAAGCAGUCCCUCAUUAUUUUCUUCUUCUUCUUCCUUCCUUCCCUCGGUUUUUCCUUGCAACACUUGUUUUCACUCAACCCCACAGAGAGAAAUAGAGAGAGUGAUAGAGAGAGAGAGAGAGAGAGAGAGAGAGAGAGGUGGUGGGAGGUGAGUGAGGUAGAGUAAGAGAGGAGUUAGAUGGGAGAGGUUUGGACGAUGCAACUCACUCAGAAGCUCUGACUGCAACAGUCGACAUGCUGCAGCCUCCACUCUGCUGUUUUCUGUCCCUAAUCUUCAUCCUCUUCAUCUUCAUUUCUCCUCUGCCAGCUGAUGGACAGACGCUCACAGGCGGAGGAGGUGGAGGAGGGUUGGAGACCAUCCAGGUGAUGUUUACGCCGACAAUCUGCAAGGUGCGCUGCAACCAGGACCGAUGUGUCAACUACUGCGAGAGAGGCAACGUGACAACUUUGUACAGCACCAAUAGUGAGGGGGGAGGAGGAGAAAGGGAAGAGGGAGAAGGAAGGAGAGACAGCUCCCAUGGACCAGGCUUCAGAGUUUUUCUCUGCCCACUGCUCUGUAAGAAUGGAGGUGUCUGUCUGCAGAAAGACCGUUGUCUCUGUCCGCCAAACUUCACCGGAAAGUUUUGCCAGAUCCCAGUUGCACCCACGUCGGCUGCUAACCCUGCGGCGCCAGCCACUACCAAUGAGAUCUUCAAGCCUGUGCUCCUGUCCGCCUCCGCAGCCAAUCCGGAGGUGACUCAGACAGAGUUUCUCCUGCCCCUGGGACAGAAUCAGGAUUCUGGUAGGUCUGGAGCUCCUGGUCAGUCGAUGGUGAAGGUCAGAGUGCAUCACCCCCCUGAAGCCAGUGUGAAGAUCCACCAGGUUCUGAAGGUGUCUGGACACAGUCCCGCCCUGCGGACCCUCUCGUCCUCCUCCGGAUCGGCAGGUGCUCCGGCGCCAGCUGGUUUGGGCGUUCAGGCUCAGACAGUGAGGGGGGAUGGCACAUACACCGAGCACUCUGAAUUCAAGUACUGCUUCAGAGAGAUCAGAGAUGGACAGUGCAGCUCUCCUUUGCCUGGACUGAGGAGCAAGGAAAUGUGCUGUAGAGGCAUCGGGAAGGGCUGGGGGAUUACCGACUGUGUCCAAUGUCCUGAUACUACAGGUAAAGGCAACAGCAGCUGUCCUCCUGGUUUCGAACGCGGCAAUGGAACUCAGUGUGUCGAUAUGAAUGAGUGCCUCCAGCCGGGGCUGUGUGAGAACGGGAUCUGUGUGAACACCAGGGGGAGCUAUAGCUGUGUGUGUAGGGUGGGGUUCAUCCUCGACGCUUCACAUGGAAUCUGCAUCUCCCACAGUGUUAUAUCAGAGGAGAAGGGUCAGUGUCAUCGGGUUCUGGGCUCUGGUCUGGGUCCAUCCUCCUGCUCAUUACCCAUCCUCAGGAACAUCACCAAACAGAUCUGCUGCUGCAGCCGAGUUGGCAAAGCCUGGGGACCAGACUGCCAGAGGUGUCCAUACUUUGGUUCAGCGGCAUUUAAGGAGAUCUGUCCAGCCGGUCCUGGUUAUUACUACUCACCCUCAACAGUACAGUUCACCCAAAGGAUCAAUGAACAGCUUGGGGGGCGAGGAGCCCAACUGGUGAACCUGAGCAACCACGACCACCAGGGUCCUGAUUCUGGAGCCAGUGUUGUAAGGAGUGGAGCCUCCAGGCCUCAGCAGAGACCCUCUUAUUCUGGAGCAACAGCAGCUGGAGUCGGUAACACAGCUGUUGGCUCCAGCUCUGGAUCGACUGGUACCAGUGGGGCCCAGAUGAGACCGGGUCAACCUCAGUCUCAACCCGGUCAUCGGUCUCCACCUCAGACCCAUCCAGCCACCAGCUCGCCCUCCACCAGACCCAGAGCGUCUGGCAGCACCAACACUCAGGACAGAGCCCACACUCCGGGCAGAACUGGGACCCCGCUGAGCCGAGCCGAGUCUGGUCAGUCCUCCACAACACAACCAAGACCACUGCCUCCGUCCACAAGUAGUCAAGCAGGUGGCCGUCUGCCCUCUGCGUCCCGGCCCGUCAAGCCUUCAGUUAGAGGGGACUCUCUCCCUGCUGUGGUCCAGCCACAGAACCCUGAGCAAGGAUCAAGACAGAGAGAAGAGGUUCGCCCUCAGUCUAACAGACCAGUGCUGAACCCAACGAUCAGACCCACAAGGGUCCAGACAGUGCAAAGUGUGUGUAGCAGCAGACCAGGUGUGUGUGGACGGGGCCGUUGUGUUGAUCAGCCAGGUGGGAAACACACCUGCGUGUGUGAUCAGGGAUUUCAGCCCAGUGCCCAGAACACAUACUGUCAAGAUGUGAAUGAGUGUGUGCAGUCUCCAGGUUUGUGUUCAGUGGGAGAGUGCGUGAACACUAUUGGAAGCUACAGGUGUGUGUGUCCAUCAGGAUACAGGAGCAGCAACCAGCAGACGAGUUGUCAAGAUGUGAACGAGUGUGAGCUGAACCCCUGCAGGAACGGUCACUGUGAAAACUUACUGGGCAGCUACAGGUGUGUCUGUCGCCUUGGUUACAGGGUCAUCGGCAACACUUGCACCGAUGUGGACGAAUGUAAAGACCCCUUGCAGUGUCCAGGUCAAGAGUGUAUCAACUCUCAGGGCUCAUACCGGUGCACUACCUGUAAACCCGGAUACACAGUCAUCAACAGGGUGUGCACAGACAUCGAUGAGUGUCGUCAGGCUCCCUGCUCCAACGGUCGUUGUGAAAACACACCUGGAAGCUACCAAUGUGUGUGUCGCCAUGGUUACAAGCUCCAGAACAACACCUGUACAGACGUAGAUGAGUGUGCCGAGCCAUCUCAGUGUCCUGGUCAGAUGUGUUUCAACUCAAUGGGAUCAUACCGCUGUAUGUCCUGUCGACUAGGAUACACACUGAAAAACAGACAGUGCGCAGACGUGAACGAGUGUGAGAACAGAGACUCGUGUCCUGGUAAGCAGUGUGUGAACACUGAUGGAUCCUACAGCUGUGUGGACUGUCGACAGGGAUACCACUUUGUGAAUGGAGUGUGUACAGAUAUGGACGAGUGUGUGCAGGUCUCUCAGUGUCCUGGACAGAAGUGUGUGAACACAGUAGGAUCUUAUCAUUGUGUGUCCUGUCAACCUGGAUACACCAUGAAAGAUGGCUCCUGUCAAGAUGUUGACGAGUGUGCAAGCUUGGAGACGUGUGGGUCCGAGCGAGUGUGUGUGAACACCAUCGGCUCGUUUAGGUGUGACUGUCUACCUGGGUAUCGGACCAGCGGUCUGGGGAGACAGUGCAAAGACAUUAACGAGUGUCUGGAGGGGGAUUUCUGUUUCUCUGGUGGCGAGUGUGUGAACUCUCCUGGAUCCUACACGUGUGUGUGUUCUCUAGGAUUCAAGCUGAGCGACAAUGGGACGUCCUGCCUCGAUUUGGACGAGUGUGCAAAGUCGGGUGUGUGUUUGGACGGACGCUGUGUGAACACUGAAGGAUCCUUCAAGUGCGAGUGUCAAAGCGGCUUCAGUGCCAACCCAGAGAAGACCGCCUGCCUUGAUGUUGAUGAGUGUGUCUUGUCCGGUGGCUCAGUCUGCGGGUCACGACGCUGUGAAAACACAAUUGGUUCGUACCGCUGCCUCACUGUCUGUGAGCCGGGCUACCAGGUGACACAGACGGGCAAGUGUGUCGACAUUAACGAAUGUGUCAAUAAGACGGUAUGUGGCGAUCACUCCACCUGUGAGAACCAGAUAGGAUCAUACCUGUGCGAGUGUGACCAGGGCUUCAUUUCCACCGCUGAUGGAAAGGACUGCGUCGACGAGGACGAGUGCGUGACUCUGCAGGGCGUGUGUGGCUCAGCUCGAUGUGAGAAUGUGGAGGGAUCCUUCAUGUGUGAGUGUGACCAAGGAGAGUUUGACCCCCUGACCACAAAGUGUGUCGGAGUGGCACAACCAGCUGAGGUGGUCCCCAGCUACCACUCCACUUCCUCGUCUUCUUCCUCCUCCUCCUCCCAUGUCGGAGUGGUGGGUUUUGAUCCCAUGUUGCCCCCGCUCCCCGCUGCCCAUCCUGGCGAGCUCAGGGAGUGCUACUACAACCUGGCUGAGCAAGGAACAUGCAGUCUGCUGACCACGAACACCACCCAGCAGGAGUGCUGCUGUACAGUGGGCGAGGGCUGGGGUCUGGGCUGCCAGUACCACACCUGCCCCCACACAGGCACAGCCGAGUUCCUGUCGCUGUGUCCAAGUGGAAGAGGAUACGUAACCACAGGACCAGGAGCCUUCAGCUACAAAGACGUGGACGAGUGCAAGCGUUUCCAUCCUGAGGUGUGCAAGAAUGGAGUGUGUGUGAACAACAUCCCUGGAUACAACUGCUACUGCUCCAGUGGCUACGUUUACAACAGCACCCUGCUGGAGUGUGUCGAUCACGAUGAGUGCGAGGAGGAGAGUUGUGUGGGCGGAGUCUGCGUGAACACGGUGGGGUCGUAUUACUGCAGCUGUCCGCAUCCUCUGGUGCUCGAUGACACGCAGCGGAACUGUGUGAAUUCCUCCAACCUCAGCGUCGAUGAAAACCUUUCCAUGUGCUGGCAGCAUGUUUCUGCUGACCUCAUGUGUCAGAGUCCGCUGAUCGGAGCUCAGGUCACUUUCACUGACUGCUGCUGUCUGUACGGCGAUGGCUGGGGGAUGGAGUGCGCCCUCUGUCCCGCCACCGACUCAGAAGACUAUGCCUUCCUAUGCAGCUCCUACCCUCCUCCUCUCUUUUCCAGUUUCCCAGAUUCGACAGGUUCAGACAUUGGAGUGAGACCAGGAGCUGGACGAGGAGGAACAAGUGACACUUCUCGUUUCCCUCCCUUCCCUCCGGACUCCUUCCUUCCUGUCACUCCGGGAAGAGACUUCUCUCGUUCCGAUUAUGACGAUUACUCUCCAGCAGGAGACGGCAGAUCACCGAGCUUCAGAGGGAGGACUCCUGUAUCCUUCGGUCUGCCAGAUGGAGUCUACUCCAGGCCCGAGUAUGACACUGGUUUCUACCCUGAAGGAGACUACAGCUCCCCUGACAGUUCCCCACCCAGGCCGCCAUCCUUCCGUCUCCCACAUGACCCUCAAGCUGAGGUGGCAUUUGGUGCCCGACCUCUUCCUCCAUCACGGCCCAACAGUCCUCCUCUCAGCCUGGCGCCGCUGCCUGGGGCUCGAUACGAAGAGCAGGAAGAGGAUGAGGAGGGGGAGGAGUGGAGGCCUAUACCACCUUUUCCUCCUUUUAGUGAGAGGAUUGGCGGUGGAGGAGGAGGAGGAGGAGGAAGAGGAGCUCCAAGGAGGGUGUACGAGCGACGUUAUGAGUCGUACGCCGGCCUGAGUACAGCAGAGGAUUGUGGGAUACUGCACGGCUGUGAGAACGGCAGGUGUAUCCGUGUGGCAGAGGGUUACACCUGUGAUUGUUACCAAGGUUAUGAACUGGACAUGACCUCAAUGACCUGUAUAGAUGUAAACGAGUGUGAGGAUGGCGUCAGAUUGGAGUACCCGUGUGUAAACGCUCGCUGUGUAAACACCGAGGGCUCGUUCCGCUGCGUCUGCAGGAGAGGAUACAUCAUGUCCCGCAGACCAAACCACUGUGUGGCUGCAUAGACACGACCGGACCAGACUGAAUCCAAUCAGACCAGUUCAAACUAGUCCAAACUUUCUCUGGACUACAAAAUGACAGAUUUUACUUUAGUCUUUGACCAGAUUUUAUUAACUAGACUUAAGAAUGAAAUGUACUGGGCUAAGAACAAAGUUGCACUAAACCGGCCGGGGCUAGUCUGGACUGAGCCUAAACACUGGGUCACUUUCUCUUAAUGUGAAAAGAGGAUUUAAGCUCAGGUCAGUGAGUUUCUUUUUUUUUUACUCUUUAUCAUAUUUGUUGAAAUCCCAUUUCAGGUCCUUAGAGCCUUCAGUAAAUAUUUAGCCUUUUCAAAAAAUUCAAUUCAAUUCAAUUCAAUUCAAUUUUAUUUGUAUAGCGCCAA